CCCCCGGCCGGGGCGGGGAUGCUGGAUGCAGGGUCAGGCCCGGCCUUUUCCGCGCCCCCCGGGGCAGGGACUCUUACAGCAGCGGGGCGGCCGGGAGCCCGCCUGCCCCACAGAGCUCGCUGCACCGUGAGAGCAGGACCGGCGCCCCCGGCGAGCGAGCUUUGUCCCGACUCUGUCCCCAUCCCGCUCCUUGCUCUCGUUUCUCCUCAUCGUCCCUCUGUCCUGAGAUGCCUCCCAACCUCACUGGCUACUACCGCUUCGUCUCCCAGGAGAACAUGGAUAAUUACCUGCGUGCUUUAGAUAUCAACGUGGUCCUGCGAAAACUGGUUUGCCUCCUGAAACCCGACAAAGAGAUCAUCCACACAGGAGAUCAUAUGGUCAUCCGCACCAUCACCUCUCUGCGGGACUACGUGAUGGAUUUUGACCUGGGAGUCCAGUUUGAGGAAAACCUGGAGCCUGUGGACGGGCGGAAGUGCCAGACAACUGUCUCCUGGGAGGGGGAUCAGCUGGUGUGUGAGCAGCUGGGAGAGAAGAGGAACCGAGGCUGGAGGCACUGGCUGGAGGGGGACCGGCUGCAUCUGCGCAUGACUGCUGAAGAUGAGGUCUGUGUUCAGGUUUUCCAGAAAGUGAAGUGAGCUCUCGUCCCACACGGACGCCUGGAGGGAGCCCAGUGCCAGCUGCCCCGGAUUAAAAGCAAACAGGAGCCGAGCGCGCCGAGCCCACCCGUGGCAGCGUC